UGAGACUUAUCCCAUUAGCUACAAUUUAAAUACAACCCUGCGCGGAAGCAAAUGUAAACAAUAUGCCGGCGGCUGGUAAUGAGCAACAAACUUUUUUUUCGUAUUAUCAGUUAAUCGAUUCAUUAGAGUUCAUUGGAAAUUAUUUUGAUAAUAAUAAUUAAUUUAGCUCUAAUGAGCAACAUUCAUAAGUGAAUGUGUAAAGAUUGGCGGAAAGUUUUCCAUAUUACCUGAGUUAAUAAUUUAACGCAGUAUUUUGAUGUGUGUGUGGAACUCACCACGCCCUGUUCAUUUGUGGGGUUCCAACGAGAUUGAGGCAACAUGUCACCUAUGCAAAUACAUCGGUAUUAUUUAAUUGCGCUUCCUUUACUAUUACAAAAUCUGCUCACUACGGUAUGGUGUAUUAACCAUUGGGUUCUAAAAGAUGAUGGACGAAUCAUACAAAAAGUAGAUUCGCCAUUUCUAUUACGCGAGCCACAUAAUCUAAUAGCAUUUUUAGAUCAAAUACAACACAACGAAUAUGUGGAACAGUCUUACUUAAAGCUAAGAGAACAGCGUGAAUUGAUUGCGGAGCAUUUGCGAUCUUCAAAGAAAUUUAGCGAGGAUCUGGUUGUCCAGGCAGAACGUCUGCAACCAAAUUUAGGUCCUCAUACACAACCGAUGCAGAAUUUGAUAAACUCAUUAGAGGCUCUUACAAAACAAACGUCGAGGAUGUAUAGUUACUUGGAAUUUGUGAAAGAUGAAUUGAAGGAGUUUCGAAAACUAAAAACUCAGAUAACGCAACACCAUGAAAAGCUGAUACAGCAACAGGUACCGCUUGCAGCUCGUCAAUUAGAUGAAAAAACAAAUAACGAGGAUUUCCUAAAACGAGGACAGUAUUGUAGUACGCGUACAUUGUCAAGUACUGAAGAUCCUGUUUUGUUUUGUGAUUUCUAUUCCGAUAUGCAAAUGCGUUUAGAAGGUAAGGAUGUGGAUCCUGAAGCAUUAGAACGCGACUGGCAGCUUACAAGUGAAUCUGUGCUGAAUCAAGUAACUAGCUUAAACGUACAGCAACGCCUGAACUUAGAGCAAAUAAAAACAAUGCGAGCUAAGAAAGCUGCCGUUGCAUCCGCUGCGAAAAGUCGGAAAGCGGCGCAAGUUUCGAGUACAACUGACGUAAUUGCAGAGGAUAAAGUCAAAGAUACAUGAGGGAGAAAUUUAUUUCUAAUAGCUACAUUUUCUGCUUUUAAGACAACACAUUAGUUAUUAUUCUUUACCAAAAUGAAAUUACGUAUAUUUAACUUUUUGUUGCAUCAUUUUACACGUUACAGUUACAUUUUAUACAUGUAUAAUACUAAUAAAAUUGUAUUUUUUAUUACAAAUUUUCAA